GCAACCUUGGCCACCCUCUGAGAUGAGGAACAAGAACUCUCUCAAUGUCCUGGAGGACAUCUUUGUCCUCAGGGAUCAGUUAAAUCUGGAAAAGAUGCAGAUGCGUCUUCAUCAAAGCACUCUGAGUGUGGCCGAGAGAACCACCGUCUCCAGCAGGGCAAAGUCCUGCAAGAGAUCUGAUCUUUUUCCAAAGAUCAAAGCAGGUGGGAUUUUGCAAAACCAGAAGUCCAGCAAACUAACGGGCCUCGUCGAGACGGCGAGAGACUAUGUUGCCCUUCAUACACAAAUAGGCUACUUGGAUAUAAGAUUGACACAGCAGAAAGUGGAGAUGCGCAGGCUUGCAGAAGAGGCCCGUGAAAGCAAAGAGAGGGUUUCUCGAGAGAAGAAAAUCUUUGAAGUGAACAAAAUAGAAUUCCUGAAGUCCCUCGAGCAGAGCAAGAAUGAUCGUUUACAGGCCGAGAAAGAGGCUCAAGACGAGGAGUUAAAGAAACAGCAAACAGACGACCACCUCAAAAUGAUGAAGACAGAGCAGGCCAAGUUUGAAAAUGACAUCUAUGAGCUCCAGGAGAAUCUGAAGCAGUGCGACAAUUUGAAAAAAUUCCUCACCGUCAUGUCCCCUCCAGAGUGGGGGUCUGAAGCUGAGUAUCAUAAGCUUUUUGUAGAUGACCCUGAGAAGGUGACAGAAUUGUUGAUGUUCCUGGAAAGGGAUGUCGAAAGAGCUUACUAUGUUGCUGAGAAGGACACCAAUGAGGAGCACAUGGACAACCAGAAAAAGGACAUGCAAAAGGAGAUGGGCAGGUUCCUUCAAGAGAUUGAGCGCACCACCAAGGCAGUCGAGGAAGAGAGAAAACGAGUUUCCGACCUCAAACUGCAGAUCAAGUUCUACAGCUCUGAAAAGAAUAAGAGCAGAGAAAGGAUGCAGGAAAGAAUUGACGAAAAGGUCAGGCAGGUGUUGGAGUGCAUCGGGACGGAGUCUUGUAACCUCAGCACACUCAACAGGCUAGCUCACCUGGAGAGUCACCUGAUUGAGCGCCUCGACAAACAGGAAGAGCUGCCUGAAGGGACAUUCCUUAAGGCGCAGAAGGUUUUCAAGAAAGAAAAGACAUUAAGGCAACAGGAAGAAAAACUGAUUGCGGUAGAAAAGAAACGGGAGGUGUGGCGCAAGAAAAUCUUGGAGAGAGCUCUGUCUGAGAUAAAGAGACCUACCGGUAAAAAAGAGAUGACCCGCAGCUACCUUCCAGUAAACAAGAAGAGAGCAGAGUUGCUUGAAGCCCUGCACUACAUGGGGGAGGAUGACAUGUUCUUUUGAACAUUCACCGCUUUCCUG